ACUGUGACGUUUAAGCAACGUGAUAACGUGCGCUUGCUGGGGACGGCUCGCUAAGUACUUCCGCUUAUUUUCUUAAAUCUCUUUAUGAAGUCUCUUUACAGAUCCCAGAAAAAGGAGGUUUCAUAAAGAGCUUAGCAAUUCGUUUGAUUGCAACGUUAGCUAGCAAAGUUAGCUCGCUAGCUUGCGACAUCGAUGGCUCAAAACAAUGGAAAUAGUUCUCAUUGGUCAAUACAGCGACGUGUGGAAGGUUUGGUGAAUAAACACAUGGCAGACAUGGCACUCGAAACACUACAACACAGGCUUAGUGCUGUAUCAGAAGAAAUUAACCAUCUGGCAGAAGAGGCCGCAACAAGACGUGCUGAAGAUGUCCAGAUACGUGCAGAGGAUGUCCCAAGGCGUGCAGAUGUCACUUUUGAAGUGGAAUCACAGUCAGAUAUGCACCACUCCGGGGGUGUUGGGGAAAAGUUAAUGCCAGCAGCCGCUUCUUCAGAGACGGCGUCACAGAGGAAAAUAAUUUCGCUUUUGCUGGAGAUUAAGGAAGAGCAGCAGAAACAGUGGGCUGUUUUAAAGGAGCUGCAAACCAGGAUGCAGGGCCCGGUGUGCGAGGAAGAGUUUGAAGCUCUUGACAUCGACCUACCGCUGAGGUCAAUGGAGCAACUGGACGAAACGGAGAGACAUUUGGAGGAUGCUGGAGCACAGAAGAAGAUGGUGUCACAUUUGUCCCGCAUGGGAGGGGCCACGGUGGACGACGCUGUGCGUCGGCUGAUGCAGGCCGUGCUCUCCUUCGGGGUCGGGUCCGAGCUGAACUGGGUCGGCCGAGGCCAGAAGAGGAGUUUUCGAAACACCCGGCUCCAGGGAGUCCUUUUCCGUGCUCUAAAGCGAACUCCAGUUGGAAAGGAGGCGACACACCACCAGUUUGCAGACGUAGUAAAAAAAUGGCUACGAUUCGCCCCCUUCAGGCAAGGGGGAAGUGGGCGGCGGCAACAUUACAAACCUUCUGUCGAAUUCAUGCCCUCAGUAAGCCACAUGACACUCUUGCCAGAUUGAGACCACAGUUUAGAUUGUAAUUGUUUUCAUGCUUCUUUGUUUAACCAUGUGUGGAUUAAAUCAUUUAUCAACAUAAGUAUAUAACCAAAAAAAAAAACAGGAAAUCACUUUGUGUGUUAAAUCUCAUCACUUUUACAAAACGUAUUAAAAUUGUGAAAGAUUGCUUUCUAAACAUAUUUCAUAUGUUUGCUCUCACAAUGUAACCAAGUGCUGUUACUCAUUAAAGUUUUCCCCUUUAAACUCGAAUUGUAUUGUGACCAAACAAGCAGUAUUUGUUUUUUGAAUUCUUAUAUUUGGAAAAUAUUAUUUGUGCCGUGACAGUGUCCCGUAUAUUGAUUUCAAAUAAAUGUCACACUAUUACUAUGUUCAUGAGCAAA